UCAAAUGGUCUUCCGUGGAGGCGAGUUCAAAGUGGUUUUGCUUCGGUCCUGGACGGCUCGCCAGCGAGCCCGUCGCCGGGCAGACAUUUGUUCUGAAGAGUGUUACCGGAAACGACGGGCUCGACAUCGCGGGCUGACGCUCGGCGUGAAUCCAGUGUCCUCCCCAGCGGCGUCCGCCUGCUUUAAGGACUCGUACGCGACGCAAAAUGGUUUCGCUCAUCACCGUGUCCUCGUGAGAAAGGAGCGACAUGCUGUAGAGAUAUUCGGCCGGAGUCGGAGAGAGAGAGAGAGAGAAGAGACGGGAGCGGUCCCGCCGCCUCGAGAGUCCAGCACCAUGAAACUGAAUCCCCAGCAGGCUCCUCUCUAUGGAGAGUGUCUGUUGACUGUCCAGCUCGAUGAUGAUGACGUGCGUCGUGCUGAGGGGGAAGAGGAGGAAGAGGAGGAGGUGGAGUUUUAUCUUUUAUUCUCAGGAUCCACCCAGAGACAUAUGAGCAGCACCCUGCGAGUCAGCCACGUCACCCUGCAGGCUGUGUGUCCAGCCCAUAAUGCUUGUGAGCAGGUCUUGGUGACAUUAUGUUGCGCUCGGCGUGGUGGACCAGUGGACGCACACUCCCAGGAGACCUUCUGCUUCGUUCAGGACUUGGCCCUGGACAUGGCGGGCUUCCUGCUCGACAACACAGCUCCUCAGGAGGCAUUACUGUUGGAUGAUGAGCAGAUUCCGCUGAGAGAGUGUGAGAGGUUGGACGAGAGCCUGGCCCUGGCCCUGAAACACCUCAGCCUGCCCCACCACAGGACCGCACACACAUACGCACAGCCGGAUGUGGACAGGCAGAUGGAUCAGCAAACACAGGCCCUUGCAGCGACAGACAGACGCAACUCAGAGACACACAAGGAGACCUGGAUGGACGCGUCCACCCUGCUGGACAGCUGCGGUGCUGUGCCUCAGUGCCAGCAGCUCUCCAGGCUGCUGCACUUGGCAGCCAGUCACGGUCUGAGGAGGGUGGCAUCGUUCCUCCUGCAGCGGCCGGGAGGCAGGGAGGCUCUGAGGAGGACCGACGCACAGGGACAAACUGCAGCACGAGUGGCCGAGAGCAGGGGACAUCAGCGGCUGGUGGAGCUCUUCGCACAGUACGAGGCGUCCUCAGAUACCCAGGUGGAACCGAAGGAGCAGCUGCACUUUUAUCCAGAUGGCCGAGUGUUUCAGCACCACGCAAACCUCGGUACCUACAGCCUAACAUUCCCCGGCCGGCGGCAGAGGGAGGGAGGGGCAGAGACGGACAGGUGGGGAGGCUGCUGCUUACAGGAGGAGGUGAAGGAGCUGAGGAGGCUGACUGAGUUUCACGGAGACACAAAGAGAGAGUCUGAUUUUGUUGGGACCAUCACAGGGACACCGGUCCUUCCUGCCUGUGGGCUGCAGUUCUGCUCGAAUGGACAACAAGAGAGCAGGGAGGAUGCAGGCCAGGCCUUGGUAACCAGAGAGACCUGUAGAGCAGCAACAGAGGGACAGGGAAGUCCUGCGUCAUUGGAGGAGGGAACACAAGGGGAGGACCCUGCUGUUGUCACUCAUACAUCCUGUACCAGCGGACGUCUUUGUCAGAGCCAGGAUUCUGGGGGAAGACAGAGGGGUACACCAGCUGCCAACUCCCCUGCUGGCCGGAACAGGAAAAACAAAAAGAGAACUACAAAAACCACAAGACGUGCAACAGAAUCUGCAGGAAAUAGAAUCAUCCCGGAAGCCUGUAGAGGAGCUGCACGGGAGCCUGCCAAGACAACAGGAAGUGGACCAGAAACAGAAGGAACUCUUUCACCCAGAGACCCAGCAGUUCCAUCUGUGAUUGGUGACGGAGAAGCCACAAAAACUCAGAAUAUUCCUGGAGCAGAAGAGACUCCAUUACCCAUAAAGCCAGUGUCUACACCAGGUGGUGAUCAGACGUGUGCUGGCAGGAAGGCAGUUGCCUUGCCUACCACUGCCACCGUACAAAAACAGGAAGGAGAGGAGUGGGAAGUGGACGUGCUGAUAUGUGAGCGAGCGGCAGAGACAGAAACAGUGACAGUGAGUCCCCCAGCAAGACCAGAUCAGUUUACCUCAGCUCUGGAAUCAGCUGCACACAGGACAGUAACCAUGGGUCAGGAACAAUCCCAGGAUCCCCAGGAAAGCCAGUCAGACCCAGAGGAGCCAGGCCAACUUGACUUCAUAAAUAAGAGUCCUCAGUCCGGCAGCAGGACCGUCCCCAGGUCCCCGGAUGCAGAACCAAAACCCUGGAGACCGCUGAGGCGGGAUGGAGGCUGGAUUGGAAGCAGAAGGGGAUCACCACCACAUGGACCAGAAAGAUUAGCAAAAACAGUCUGGUAUCAGGAUGGACACCUGGACCAGGGUGCCAGCGAAGACCCCACCAGAAAGGAAACGCACUCCCAGUCGGUUUGGUACGACAGUGACAAAAUGGAUGAGAGAAAACGUGAACAGCUGGAGCAGGCACAAUAUGAUCUGAGCUCACCCCAAGCUUCUGGUCUAAGUCCUCCACUGCUGUUAGGACAAGGUCUUAGUUCGCAUCAACAGUGUGCAGCUCUGAGUCAGCCACAUGCUGCUGGAGCACAGCCAGCACUGUCACAUGGGCCGGCCGCACAAAGACGGGAAGUACACGGAUCACAGCGAGAGGAGGAAGUAGGGCUAGAUUGGAAGGAGGGAGGACUGGAGGGAGUCAGAGAGGAGUUCAGUAACACGGAGACCACUUACAGCAGACAGAGCUCUGAAACAGCAGAUAUCGAAGAGAGAGGAGAAGAGAAAUCAGGGAGCGAAGGAGCAAAGGGCAGGAAAAAGAGGAGGAAGAAGAGGGGGAGGAGAGGAGGCAGUGAGGCCAAGCUUAGCUCCAGCUCCAGUAUUGAGUCUCAGAGUCAGAGUGAGACUCAGCCACCCAGAGAACAAGCGACAAGCCUGAGCCCUCAUACAGAGACAGAGUCAGAAGCCAAGGAUCAAACAGGAAGGGCACACGUCCAGUCUGCCACAGCUUCUGAGCCAGCCUGGAGAGAGGGGGCUAACGAGGACGUCAUGCAUCUGCCCAGCCAGACAGAGAGCCAGACCAGGGAAGCUCAUGGACCUGACUGUGACGUUACAGCCUCAGAGUCUAGUUAUACUAGUCCCGCAGACCAUGAAAGACCAGAUCUGACGGAGGCCACAGCUUCACCGGCGUUAGAGACAAAGGAAUCAUCAGAGGAUGAGAGCAUUAACAUUCAUGGACCUGAUGACUUUAACCCAAAUUUUGACGUCACCGCUUCAGACUUGAGUGAACUGGACACCAGAAAGGCAGAGGGAGAGGAAAUUACAACCGUGCAACCAGUAAGAAAGGAAGUACUUGACCCUACAGAGCUGGAAUCAAAGGGAGCUGCCAGUCUGGUCCGAAAAACAGUGGAGAAUAUGGAGUACAAGGCCUUGUCAGAAAAUGAGGAUCUGACAGCAGCUGUAGCAUCUGUGGACCGGACAGGUUUGGUGGAAUCCAAGUGUCCAAAGGAACUUCCUGCCAGACAUUCAGGUCCCACGGAAGUCACAGAGGACUCGUUUCUUGUGGCAUUUCCUGAACAGAAUACACAACAUUUAGAAUCUGUGGAUUCAAACAAACCAGUACAAGCAUCUCUGGAGUCAGUGCAUUCUACACAAGCUAGGGGUCUGCCACGUGAAGGUACAGCACUUCAGUUUUCACCACUUCAAAGACGGGAAGGAAGCACUGAGACAACUGCCAGGGAAUAUUUAGAGCAUUGUUUGGCCUCUGAGAUGCUGCGAGAUCAGCAGGACAAGGAGGAAGAGAGACAUGAGCUGUGGGUGGGUGAGGAGGAAGAGGGUAAAGAGACGAGUAGAGAGAGGAGGAGUGAAGAAGAGGACAGUGGGCCGGUGCAUGGCGAGGAGUCAUCUUCCAUAGCGAGAGGGAAAAAUGUGGAGGACGAGGACUUUCCUUCCUUGGACAGUGAAAAAGAGCGGAACCACGCCGAAGAGCUGGUUGCCACAGCGGUAGCGGUCGUAACUGUAGCCAUAGCCUCAGCCAUGGCGAGCGUAGAGCUGAACCAGCGGCCGGCAGGCAGCCAGUCAGAGAGUCGGCAGUCUGCCGGCAAAGAAGCAGCAAACGAUCCACCAUUAGCACAAGACGGUAACGCACUCACCGAUUCAGUAGGGCAGCUGGCAGAGCAUUUACUCAGCCACGUUGAGUCCACACAGCUGACCAACAAAGAGACGCGUCGACUGUCGGCAUCGACACCAGCUGAGUCUGAAAAGCUGCCCCUUCAACAUCCACACACUGAGCCCACUGAUCUGUUCACCUCUGAACGAACAGCUACUGUUAACAUGUCCGAGGAGUCCCCCUCUGUAACGUCAGAGAGUGAAACCUCGGCAGAAAAGCUGCCAGCAGCACAGCUAGGGCACAGAGAUCAGGAUACCCUCCACCUGUCAGCGCUUGCAGACACUCCCAGUCUCCCACCACUCCACAGAGAGGAAAUCCACACAGCAACUACACAAAACAAAGUUUGUGUGAAACCUGCGCCAGAAGCAAGUGACACCAUUGCAGCCGAGGUGGACAGCCAAGGUCGCAUGCAGACAGGAAGCCAACUGUCCUGUCCUGUUAUGGACACAGGACAAGAUCCAGAGGCUCCUGACACAUUGGGCCCCGAUUGUGAGUCUGGGGACAAUCCCCAAGACCAGUCUGUCCUUCAGAAAGAGACAGCCGGACAACUUUUAGGUACACAGUCUCAAAACAAAGAGACGCAGGUUAGAGACGGAAGCCUCCGAGUAGAAUCUCCAACUGCUGAGGGUGAGGGGGGAGGACGGACACAUGAGCGGGACAGUUCAGAAAACUCAGAGUGUAAGACCGAGGACAGCGAGAGCUGCCAUAAAGGUGUUGCAGAUAUGUCAGACUCUGACCGUCAGGCUGAAGAGCGUGAGAGCCUCCCACAGCUGCUUAAAACGCCAUGUGAGGGGGAGAGUCCCCCUCUAACACUUCCUGCUGGCCCCUGUGACUUGGCAGCCGUGGCUGAUCCAGAUCCAGACAAACCGGCCGCCCCCGUGAAUGUGGAAACAGGUGAAUUUCAGUCAUCCCAGUCACUAGUGGACACGGAUGAGGAGGAGGGUGCGUCUGCCAAAGACCCCAACUCUAUGGAUACAUUGGAUGGGUGGAGGCAGAGAGAGAGGGAUAAGAGGGACAGAGAAGAGGAGGCGCAGAAAGAGGUGGUCCCAGUGGAGGACACGUCCCACACAGAAGCAGAACCGUUCCCGGCAGCACAGGAAGAGUCUGACCAGACCAGGAGAGACUCAGACGGCGCACACACUCUGCAGAUCCAGAGAGAGAGGGAUGUUUUCUACCCUGUCCAGCCCUGCCCUCAACCCAGCACAGUAACACCAUGUGGAGACAUCCAUCCAGACAGAGAGGAGUGUUUGUCUGUGUGUGUGUUGCACAGAGACAGUGACAGUCUGAAAGUCAAUCCUGAGCUGGAUGACAUUGUCUUUAAAAAGCCCGACCCUCCCCCCUGUGUUAGACACAGGGACAGAGGGGAUCGUGCCUCCCUCUCCUCCACAGAUGAUGCAUCGAUGCAGGGAGCCCUCAGUCCCAGCGAAGGGACUUGGUCAGCUGGCACACCUGAUGCUUUGGCCACCCGGAGCUCCAGACUGUCCUGGAAGUCAGAAACCGAGGACAGAGGAGGAGGAGGAGGAGAAGAGGAAGAGAAAAAAGACCAGCUUCCAGAAAAUCCCCUGUCCUCUGCCAUCUUGCGAGCCUCCAUUCGAUCCUUGUCUCCGUUCCGUCGUCACAGCUGGGAGCCAGGCAGGAACAACGCCGCUGCAGAUAUCGACAUCACACAGCGCAGCUCGCCCAAGAGCCUGUCGGGAGAGGUGAAGAGAGCCAAGCCCCCCCUCCACAGGAGAAGUAUGAGCUGGUGUCCAUCCAACCUGCAUCGUCCCAAUCAGGAGCAAAUAGACAACAGAAGCUACAGUCUGGAGGGUCUGGAGGUGCAGAGGGGAGGGGUCCAGACUCAGUGUCCCAGGCUGAGUGAUCAGGAGGAGAGGACUGCAGGCCGGAGUUUACGCCUGGACAGCCAGGAGAGAGGCUCGCUGGUCUCCCUCACCGAGGAGGAGCAGGAAGGCGACGGCAGCAGCAUCGAUAGCCAGACAUCACAUCAGCUACUGUCAAUGACAACUAGCUAUCCUGCCAUGUUUCAUCACCAAAACCUCACCAAAUCCAUCUCCAUGGUUACCAUCAGUCACCGUGACAUAGAUGUGAGAGGAUUUCCUCCAUCAAAGCGACGAAUCAACUUCUCCCUCAGUAUCUCCCCGCUCCUCCCCAAAACUAGACGCUUCUUUUCUAUUGGCUCGUCCUCCAGCGACGAGGAGGAGGAGGAGGGAGAGAGGGUCAGCCCCUUCACCAGUAACUGUGGCUCACUGGAGUACAGUAUUUCAGAGGAGGAGCCAGGCCCUCUGCGGAGCGACACCGAGGCGAAAGGAGGACCUAAAAUCAGCCGGACGUUCAGCUACCUUCGCAGUAAGAUGAGCAAGAAAGGCAAGGAGAAGGAGAAGGAGAGGAGAGGAGAGAAGGAACGGGAGAGUAAAGAGCGAGAAAAGAAGAGUGCAAACGGUCACCUCUUCAUCCCGGUCAGCCCGUCUUCCUCCGCAGCCUGUCAGCACUGCUCCAAAGCUCUGCACAACAAGGACACCUUCCUCUGCAACAACUGUGGGGUUCAUGUCCAUAAGAGCUGCAGAGAGAGUGCAUCUGUCUGUCCAAAGAGCAAAGCAAAGCAGCAGUUGCUGGUGCCAGAAGCUGCUCCUGGGUCAGCUGUCAACAUGAGGAGUAAAUCUACGUCUUCAGCAUCAUCUGUAUCAUCCACAUCCUCCUCAUCGUCACGGGAACGCUGGUCCACGGUAACCACCCCUGACGACCAGAUUCCUGUGAUGUUUCCACGGAGACACCCCAGCAUCUUCAACCCACACAGUAACCUGGCCAAAAGCAUCUCCACCAGCAACAUAGCAGGGAUAGAGGAUGUUCCACUGAAAGGCCUGAAGUUUCUGUCUCAAUCAACCGACUCUCUCCAUCAGGGGAGCAAAGUCAAUGCCUCGACCGAGUCGCUCACUGAUGAAGGCACUGAGAUGAUGGACAGUCAGCUGAUGGGAGAGUUUGAGUGUGACAUAAAAGAUCUGGAAGCUGAUUCUUGGAGCAGCACGGUGGAUAAGAAGUUCCUGAAGCAGGUGAAGAAAGAUGAAAUCAAGCGACAAGACGUCAUCUACGAGUUGUACCAGACAGAGUUCCACCAUGUGAGGACACUGAAAAUCAUGUCUGAAGUGUACUAUAAAGGCCUUCAGAGGGAGGUUCAGCUAGAGACGGACACUCUGGACAAGAUUUUUCCGGUUUUGGACGAUUUGCUGCACAUGCACACAGAGUUUUUCAGCCGGCUCCUGGAGACAAGGAGAGCUUCAUCGGCUCAAGGACAAAACAACAACAGCUUCCUCAUCUGCCGCAUUGGGGACGUCCUGGUCCACCAGUUUUCAGACUGCGGUGCUGAUCGCAUGAAGAAAGUUUAUGGGAAGUUCUGCAGUCGCCACAAUGAAGCCGUCAAUCUCUACAAAGACCUGCAUGCCAAAGACAAACGCUUCCAGGCUUUCAUUAAGAGGACAAUGACCAGCAGCAUAGUGCGGAGGCUCAGUAUUCCAGAGUGCAUUUUGUUGGUCACCCAGAGGAUCACCAAGUAUCCCGUUCUGAUCCAGAGGAUACUCCAGCACACUAAAGACUCCGAUGGAGACCACAGCGGCGUUUGUGAAUCGCUGCGCUGUGUGAAGGAGCUGAUCGCGGCUGUGGACAGUAAGGUCAACGAGCAGGAGAAGAAACGCAGACUGAGGGAGGUCCACAGUCGCACUGACAGUAAGUCCAUCAUGAGGAUGAAGAGUGGUCAGAUGUUUGCUAAAGAGGACCUGAUCAGAGGAAGGAAGCUGCUGCACGACGGAGCACUUCAGCUGAAGAACUCUGCUGGAAGACUCAAAGAUGUCCACGCCAUGCUGCUGUCUGACGUGUUGGUCUUUCUUCAGGAAAAGGACCAGAAAUAUGUCUUUGCCUCCUUGGACCAGCGCUCUACAGUCAUCUCGUUACAGAACCUGAUUGUUAGAGAAGUGGCGAAUGAGGAGCGAGGGCUCUUUCUGAUAACUGCUGGUACGGAGAGACCGGAGAUGGUGGAGGUGUUGGCCAGCAGCAAGGAGGAGCGCAACACAUGGAGGACCAUUAUACAGGAUGCCAUGCACUGCAUGGAGAAAGACGAGGACGAGGGAGUUCCCAGUGAGACAGAAGAGGACAGGAGGCAGCAGGAGAGCAGAGUGAAGGAGAUCCGAGAGCUUCUACGAAGGAAAGACGAGCAGAUCAUCUCUUUAUUGGAGGAAAAGGUCCACGUCUUCAGAGAGCUGGGCGACUGUAGCCCCGCCACCGAGGAUACAAACCCACCAGUCAGGGAGCGGAUGUUAUUCAGGGCCACACCUGAUGAUGUCACAAAGGGGGAGCCAAUCAUAAAGGAUGCCUUGAGGGAAGUGGAGAGCCUGCGAGCUUUAGUCAGCGCCGGUGUUGGUGGAGCAGGCUGCGGUGUUCCGGCUGGCCUGACAGGGGGCAGUGUCGGGCCGGUCUGUCUGCCCCGCAGAGCUGAGACGUUCGGAGGCUUCGACAGCCAUCAGAUGAACAGCAGCAAGAACGGAGAGAAGGAAGAAGGGGAUGAGUCGCUGGACCUCCGCAGGACCGAGUCAGACAGCGUGUUGAAGAAGGGAGCCUCUGCCAGCCUACAGAUGAUGCUGAAGAGAAACAAUGAGCAGGUCCAGCACAGUGUGACACAUCUUCACGACCUGCUGAUUUCACUGCAGGCUGUAGUGAUCCAGCAGGACUCGUUCGUCGAGGACCAGCGGCAGGCCCUGAACGACCGGCUGGCCGCCAACUCCUCCAGACACUCUUCGUCAUCCUCGCUCUCGUCCUCGUCGUCCUCCCGCCCCUCCUCCCUCAUCGAGCAGGAGAAGCACAGGAGUCUGGAGAGACAGCGGCAGGAGGCGGCCAGCCUGCAGAAACAGCAGGCUGCACACCAGGAAGAAAAGAGGAGGAGAGAGAAGGAAUGGGAGCUGAAGGAGAAAGGCCUGGCAGAGUGGGAGCAGAGGCUGAGGGGGGAGGAGGAGGAGACCAGGAGGAGGCACCAGGAGCUGCUGGAGGAGAGAGAGACGCUGCGGAGGAAGAAAGAGGAGUACCAGAGAGAGCUGGAGAGGCUGAGGGAGGCACAAAGGAGGCUGGAGAGGGACAAGGAGACCCUGAGGAGAGACACCGACAGACUGGAGGCCAUGAGGAGAGACGAGGUGGAGCAGCUUCAGAGGUACCAGCGAACUCCCUCCACCACCUCUGAAGACUCCAUAAGGUUCCACAGCUCUGGGUCUCUGGAUCUGGAUUCAAAAGAAGCAGCCGAAGAGCCAAAAGAGGUGGAGCUAUCAUCUUCUGCCCCGACCAAAGAACCUUUCCUCCGCAUCGGAUCCAAGAGGAUGGGCAAAAACUUCAACCCUUUCUUCUCGUCCUCCUCCUCUAAGCCUCAGGGAGCAGAGAAAUCCCAGGAGUCCCAGCUCCCCAACAGACUGCUGCAGCUGGCCAAACCCAAAGAGAAGAAAGACAAGAAGAAGAAGAAGGGAAAAGGCGGGGAGCAGACACAGACCGAAAACAAAGUUACAGUGAUGUCGGAUCCUCAGAACGAUGGAGACAUCUUCUUCUGCUGAGGACCCGCACGAAGCACAUGUGAACUUCUGACCUUCCUGAGGAGACAGACUAGUGGUCAGUGCAGAAAACAGGACCCGGAGAGGUCUCCUGACACUGUCCCAGCCUGACAGAAAGACUGGACCAUGUCUGGACCAUCUUGGAUGAGGAGCCAGCCGCAUUCUCAGGAUGAGACACUCACUGACCUGCAUGUGUCCAAGGCAAACAAAGGUAAAGACCUCCUCGCAGACACGUCAGGUGAGGUCAUACUGAGCUGAUGAUUAAAUCAGGAGGAUUUGAAUUGACAAAUGUUCCAAGAAUACCCCCCACCUUCCAUCAGUUACACGUGUGAUGGGAAAAGGCUCAAAUGAGCAGUGUGAGGAAGACUGUUUUCCCGCCGUCAGUCAGAGAUCAUGUGUUCGACCACGUCACAUGGUGCUUCAAGUCAAAUCUGAUCAGGACUUAACCUGCAGCAAACCCUAGCUUUAACAUGAACCAACUAUAAGUUGUUGUGGUGCUGGAGACUCUCCCGGGUGUCAGUGAACACUUCCCCGGUCUGGCUCCCAGGCUGAGCAUGGAACCUUCGUGUCCUUGCGUCUGCUUUCACUCCAGUUUCAUCAGUCAAGCGGGAGGGAGGAAAGAAGCCAAAGUGUGCGCCGAGGUCAGUGUGUACAAGGAGGCCACAGACGCACAGUGGACCAUGAGACGAGCCUGUCUCGAGAGACACAUCAUCUCUCUCUGGUGACUGAUGGGUCAUUGACCCACUGAGUGCUCAGGGCACCCAGCACUCGAGUCGUGCCUUAAGUAUCUGCUCUAGUCUCUGUCUAGUGAAUGUGGGGACAGUGGGAUGAAGUUUUAAUCCUGCUGCUCUCAGAUAAUCGCCUCAGUCUGCAGGAAUUCAUCGUGUCUGAAGGUGGAGGUGAAAUGUACCCGUCAGCGUGUAAACCAGACUGUAACAGCUGAGUGUGAGGAACCCAUGGUCCUGUGGAAUCUCACAUCACAACAGGAACACAUAGGUUUUAACAGGCACUUUACAGACAUGGGAGAGGGAUGCUUUAUUUUAAAGGCCUGUCAUUUCUCUCCGGCAAGAAUUUGAUCAAACUACUUUUCAGGAAUUAUAAAGAUAAAAUCAAGGUGCUGAAAGAUGAGCUCUUUUUAAAACCAGAGUAAACAUUCAUGUGUCAACGCCGGCUUUGCUCUCAGCACAUGCUGAAGUGUCUGGACGCACAGAGCCCCCCAAAGUCCUGACAGCUCAGAUUUUUAAUCUUUCCUCACGUACGAACCUCAUCCGUCCGGACUUUGUGGGCUCUGUGCGUCUACCUGCUUGUAGAUAAGUUCUCUCUCUGUUUUCCUAUAAUUAGUUGAUUCAAUCUCUCUAGGAAAGGUCCUGGUAGAUGAGCUGAAAUGACAGAAGUGUAAAAUAAAGCAUCGUGUUGUAGUAGGGCUGGGUCAGAAUCCAUUGUUACUGAAUACAGCCUUUCACUGGGUUUCCGUGGAGACCAUUAUCAUGUCAUGUUACGGAAUGGGGUCUUGUUUGCUUUUCUCUUCACCGCAUCGGCUUGGGAACAUCAGCAGACAAAACGAUCUCACCUUCAGGUCCGUUUAGUAGCUCUUCUGGAGCUUUCGACCACAUCAUACAGUCUUCGUCAGCAGCACCGUGGAGCCGUAGAUGUUCACCUCUUAACAUCCACGUUGACUAAAAUCACUUUGGAUUAUUUUCCAAGUAUGUUUAACAUACAACCUGAGAGAAAUGUCUUCAUAUUAAUGUUGUGAUGUUGAGUUGAUUCACAUCGCCCAGCCCUACUUUGUGGAAAGUUUUCUCAAGCGAGACAAUCACUGACUUAACAAUCUCCUAAAGGAAUCAUGUAAGAAAAAAAAAAAUCAAUGCCAACUAUGCUACAGGCAGGAACAGAGACUCAGUGACAGUUUGGUGCACGGAGACUUGAUCUAGCUCCGUUAAAGAGAGGAGCUGAUACUGGCCUUUACUUCUACUUCCCCUUGGUCCCUCCUGUUCCCUGAUCCGCUUCCAUCUGUCACGGUAGCGUUCGGUUGCUCGACAUUUUCUCCAUCACAUUAAAAUCCUUCAGCAGUACAGCGACCAAAAUCUCCUCGCUCUCCCCGAACGACUUUUGUUUGGAAACAGCUGUGUCAAUCAAAGCGAGAAGGGCAUUGCUGUUAAAAAGCUGAAGGCAGAGUAAAAGAGCGCUGAGGAAAUACACAGUGUAUUGAAUUGACCGUGUUUGCCAGUAUACUGCAGUUACUGGUAUUUUAUUUUUCCUCCCAGUUCUCCCCACCCAGCUGUUACUUGAAAACUUACAGUAUACAUUUACCACAACCAGGUUUCAUCUAGAGUCAGACUUGUCAUGCUUUUGUUUUGGAAGGACAAUCCUUACCUAACUAAAUGAAAGUGAAACUGAAGUGUGAAUUGUUACACAGCAACAUUGUCAGACGUGUUCCGAGAGUAUUUUAUCGCAAAGACAGUUCAUAAGCGCAUUGGCUCUCCUCCUUGAAAUGAGAGGAGAGAAACUGAGAGCCAAGUUCUCGUCAGAUACUGUAAAUGUACUUGAAAUCCCUCUGCCUCUGCAGCGUACUGUAGAUAUCCCCGUGAUACUGAAUGUAUCUGAAAAGAACAAAUACAUCCAAAGCAGCAACCCCUGUUCAGAAUCCUCCCCCAUAAACCAAACAGCGUGCGUCUCUCCCUGUGCUCGUCUCCUCCGCAGCCCUGCUGCUGUUCCUCCCCUCUCAUCCGACCUCAGUAACAACUCAUAGCUUCAGUUUUGCACCACAUUGAUUUUCUCUUCCCAUUCUCUGCAGAGAAGCGAUGCACAGGGAGGGUGUAAUCAUUUCCCACCUUUCUGCUGAGAGGAGCAGAUUUGUACUGAGCAAAAGCACGGCCGCCUAUCUCUGGGCCGCGGCUCCCUCUUCCCUGGUGUGUGUUCACCGGGAGAGGGUGGUCCUCAGUCCUCCAGGCAGAGUCCGCUUUCUUUGGACACUCAGUCAAAUUCGAGAGGAACAUUCCCCUGCACGUUCACAUCACAGCCACUUCCUGUAGUAGCAGUAUUUCAAAAUAACUGCUACAUGUGUUUUGACAGUAUCACACAGCCUUCACAGGACUUGAGUGAGAGAAAGGCGUUCCUCUACAACCGCUGUGCCUUAAGGUGUUUCUGCUACAGCACGCGCUUCUGCUCUGUAAAUGAGACACCCCGUGCUCUCUUUGGAAAAAAACAAUCAAUCGGAAAGGGCAGAACUGAUAUGUUCUGUUUUUGGUUUCAUGAUAGGCUAGACAGCUAAUUGGCGAGUCAACUCUGGUAGCCCAAAGAGCUUAAAAAGUGCACGAAAUAUCCCUUUACAUGCCAAACCAUGUAGUCCUUACUCUUCAGCACCACUGCCGACACAACACUGGCUGUCCUCAGCUUUUAAGCUACAUGUAGCACCAGUCAGUUCACAUGGCGUCAUUGUUGAAAGGGCUGAAGGAGCGUUUUUUUCUUCCUUUCAAUGAAAAACUAUAUAUAGAGAUAUAUAGAUAUAAAACAAUAAAUGUAAAAAUCACUUAAAUAUGCAAAAAAGCUGACUAAUUGAUUUCAGUCGGGCUGAAAUACAGACUUAACCUUCCAUGAAUGAGUGUCCUUCAGGGGGUAUCAAUUCAGUUUAUUUAUACAGAGCCAAAUCAUAACUCACAUUAUGUCAAGGCACUUUACAGAGUAAGGUCAGGACGUGACAGUGUUAGAGAGAGAAAGCCAAGAGUUGAGGAAAAACAGGAAGAAACCUCCGACAGAGCCGGACUCAGGGUGGGCAGUUGUCUGCCUCCACCAGAUGGUCAGUGUCCUUCGGUGGCUUUCAGUGUCCUUGAGUGACAGCCAGACAGGAUUUGAUUCCACUAUCGUUUCACUCGGUUGAAGCGAGUCCAGUUAGAGACUACAUGCAAAGCUUUUCUCCGUUCUUUUCCCCUUGACAGUUGCACAGUUCAGCACAUUCUACAAUUUUCGGAUCCCUGAAACCAAAUGAGCUAAAUCACAGAAGCAGCGACUGAUCAUAGAGUUUGAUGGUCUGAAGAGGAAGUGAAACCUGAAAUCUUGAGUUUUGCUGGGCAUGCUAGGAGGCCUGUCCCUCUCCUCUUCCAUAUUGUUUCCAUUCAGUGUGCACUAGAGUUUUACUAAAAGCAUUUAUAACAAAUUUUACAAAGUCACAUUAGACCUUACAGUUUUUGCACUGUAUGUCAGAGCUUUUUGAAAUGUAUUUGUACUAAAAACAAAAGGUACAAAGUUUAUUUUUCUCAUUUUAUGUACAAAGAAAAAAAAAGGGCAAAGCAACAAAUGUUGUAAAUAUGUUUUAUGUACAAAUUUGAACUUCCAAAGUAUUGAUGACUGUGGAUUUUGUUUAGUUGGAUGAUUGAUUUGUUUUUUAAUAAAUAAUAAAGCUUUAUUUAUCUGUC